AUGAUGAUAUUGCUAAAAUCAUCACCACCAGUUGAGCUGAUCAAGAAAGGAGAUAAAGUGGAUUCCUCUGAGGCUGCCCUCCUGACUAAAGAUAAAGUGGAUUCCUCUGAGGCUGCCCUCCUGACUAAACUUAGGAUAAAGCCCCUCUCAUGUGGGCUUAUGAUUCUCUCUGUCUAUGACAAUAGAUCUAUCUUAAGCCCAGAGGUGCUCAACCUCACGAAGGAUGGCCUCGUUGACAAGUUUGCAGCUGGUGUUUCAACGGUCGCUUCGCUGUCCUUGACUCUCUCUUACCCAACUCUUGCAGCUACGCAUCACAUGUUCGUCAAUACCUAUAAGAACGUCCUUGCUGUUGCUGUUGUUCCUGUUGCAUCUGCUAAGAAUGCUGCUGCUCCUGCCUCUAAGGAGGUAGAGAAGAAGGACGAGCCUGUCGAUGAGUCUGAUGAUGACUUGGGAUUUGGUUUGUUUGAUUAA